AUGAGCAUGAGCCUCCUAAAAAUCUUCACAUCAUUGCUCAUUUUAUCGAUUUUUGGCUGCGGAGAUGCCACAAGAUUCUUCUAUAAUUUUCAUUUAUUUUGUCAGCAACCCGGUUAUGACGUGGCACGUGUAGAGUUUCAUAAACUUGGGUGAGUUUAAGAGUUUAACCUGAGCAAUCUAAUAGUUCUGAGAUUUUUGGGAAAUCUCUAAUAUGAGCAAUGUUAUAGUGAUUUGAAAAUUGAAAUACACGAUUCUUCUAGAAAACACUAAUAUGAGCAAUGCUAGAAAAUCCUAAAAACAAAGAUUAAAAGACAAGUUGUAGAGCUUAACCUGAGCAAUCUAGUGGUUCAGAGAUUUUUGAAAAAUAUUAAAUAUGAGCAAUGUUAUAGGAAUUUGAAGAUUGAAAGGAAAAUUUCGCAAUUUUUUUUUUCAAAAAAAUAUUUUAAAAUUAAAUUUUUAGAGUUUAAUAUGAGCAAUCUAAUCCGAAUAAAAUGGCUAACCUGAGCAAUCCCAAAAUUUUCCAGCUAUCAAAACCGCUCCGCUUACUACGGUGAAUAUCGUCUCUACCACGGUCAAACUCGUUUUUCCGCAGUUUUCGACGCUUUCAAUUAUCAAGGUCCCCAGAAUCGCUAUUUCGAUAUUCGUGGAAGUUUGCAGUACAAUUGUGGAGGAUCAAAUGCGACUGUAGAGUUGACAAGUACAGUACCAGUUCAUUUGAGAGAAUAUACACAUACUACGGAGUUGAAUUUGAUGCCUAAUAGGAAAUAA